AUGGUCCUGAGUGGGGCGCUGUGCUUUCGGAUGAAGGAUGCAGAAUUGAAGGUGCUUUAUCUGCAUGAUAACCAGCUUCUAGCUGGAAGGCUGCAUGCAGGGAACAUCAUCCAAGGCGAGGAGAUCAGUGUUGUCCCCAAUCGGUCUCUGGAUGCCAAGCUCUCUCCAGUCAUCCUGGGUGUCCAGGGAGGGAGCCAGUGCCUGUCAUGUGGGACGGGGCAGGAACCGACUCUGAAACUAGAGCCAGUAAAUAUCAUGGAGCUCUACCUCGGUGCCAAGGAAUCCAAGAGCUUCACUUUCUACCGGCGAGACACAGGGCUCACCUCCAGCUUCGAGUCAGCUGCCUACCCAGGCUGGUUCCUCUGCACUGUGCCGGAAGCAGACCAGCCUCUCAGACUCACCCAACUCUCAGAGGAUGCCAGCUGGGACAGCCCCAUCACGGACUUCUACUUCCAGCAGUGUGACUAG